ACCGACCGAGUCAGUCAGUAGUAGUCGGCAGUCGCAGUGUCCGGCGCCGCGCGACCGCACGCACGUUCAGUCGAGACGCGACAUUCACUCCUCGAUAAAUGCCGUUAAAAUAUCGUUCGCGAGUCAAAUUAAAGUUUUAAUAUCUUACAUUCUGUCAAUUAAUACAAAUGGGAUAAAGCGGACAGACAAACAGAGUGUAUCGCGGCCGUUACGAGAAAUACUAUCUUUGUGUGAUAUUAGUUGUAAGUUACAAUUUGUUAAUUAGGUUUGGUGUCUUGUGAUAAUCAGUGUCGCACUCAUGGAGGAGCACGGAGAGAGCAAAGAUCGAGUGCAGAGGGCGCCCUUCGAGACUGCGCUGCAUCACGCCGGUUACGGAUGCUUCCAGUGGCUGCUGCUGCUGUCCUGCGGCGCCGUGUACGCCGUCUGCGCACUCAGCACGACCACGCUCAGCUUCGUGCUGCCCGCCACCAAGAAUGACUUCGAGCUGUCGUCCUCCGACAAGGGCCGCCUCACCGCCACGCCGCUCAUCGGAAUGUGCGUCGGCUCGUACUUCUGGGGUAACUUGGCGGACGCUCGAGGCCGAAAGAUCGCCAUCAUUGGAGCUCUACUUUUGGAUGCUCUGGCCGCGUUCCUGUCCAGCGUUGUGCAGUCCUUCUCCGGGUUCCUGGCUUGCAGGUUCUUCUCCGGGUUCGGAAUCAUCGGAGCCACGGGCCUCAUCUUCCCUUACUUCGGUGACUUUCUGUCGUUGAGGCACAGAGACGUGAUGCUGUGCAGGCUCGAGGUGUUUUGGACCGUGGGAACUAUACUAUUGCCAGGGAUCGCGUUUCUGAUCAUCCCGGACAAGCGGUUCACACUGACGGCGGCCGACGCUGACUUCCAGUACACGUCGUGGCGCGUGUUCGUGGCGGCGUGCGGCGUGCCCAGCCUGCUCGUGGUGCUGCUUCUGCUGCCGUUCCCGGAGAGCCCGCGCUACCUGCUGCACGCAAAUCGCGCCGAGCAGGCGCUCCACGUGCUGCGCAGGAUCUUUGUCGUCAAUACCAAGCUUGACGCCAAAGACUUCCCGGUCGAAUCGAUGAUUAGUGCGGGGGACGGCGAUGAGGAGGAGGUGGUGUCUGCCGACAACAACGGCAACGAGACCAAGGCACCGCUCACUUGGAGACAGCGCUGGGACGCUUUCUGGAUCCGGAAGAAGAUGCUCGUCACGCCCCCGUACAUCGGACUGUUAGUCCUGUGCUGUUUCGUGGACUUCGGCCUCAUGUUCAGUUACUACACUUUAAUGAUGUGGUUCCCGGACCUUUUCGAGCGGUUCAGCCAGUUCGCGUCGCUGUACGGAGACGAGCCCGCCGGAGUCUGCGAGGUUUCGCUGGCCGUCGCCAAUGCCACGACCGACAUACCAAUCCAGAGCACGAUGUCGCCGGUGCACGACCAGGUGUACAUCCACACGCUGGUGGUGGCGCUGAGCUGCGUCCCCACCGCGCUUUGGGUCGGCCUCACAAUCAACAUCGUCGGCAAGAAACUCAUGUUAGUGAUCAUGCUGAUAAGUUCCGGGCUGGCGGCCUUGGGUCUUAACCUGGUGCGGUCGUCGCUCGAGAACCUGAUCCUGUCGUGCGUGUUCGAGGCCAUCGUGAGCUGCACGGAGGCCGUGCUCUUCUGCGUCAUCUGCGAGAUCUUUCCCACUAAAGUCGCGGCGACGGCGAUGGCGGUGACGGUGAUGUGCGGCAGAGUGGGCGCCAUCGUCGGCAACGUGGUGUUCGGCGCGCUGGUCGACGAGCACUGCAUCGUGCCCAUCUACAUGUUCGGCACCCUCCUCAUCACGAGCGGGCUGCUGUGCAUCAUCUUACCGAAGAGCACGCGACCGGAGCGGCCUCAGUGAUCCAGCGCUGCCUCUCCUUUAUAUUAUCAAUUAUAAUAUAAUUAUUGUAUACUACCUUUAUAAUGACUUUUAUUAUCUAUUUGUACCUUUACCUUACAAAUAAACUAUUUUGAAAACUA